CUUUGAACGCGGCUGGGUGUUGCCAGACCUUCAGAAGAUCUCAUGCAUGCAGCGUAGGGGUUAAAUUUCCACUUCAAGUCUGCUUUCACACGAAACAUCGCUAUUCCCACGCUCCCAGCCUCCCCUACUGAAUCAACCCCGGCACGCCCACCGGUAUCACUACUAGUAUCCAAAUCCUCAAGAAAACGUCAAGAUGACGAAAGGUACUUCGUCCUUCGGUAAGAGACACACCAAGUCCCACACGCUCUGCCGGCGCUGUGGUCGUCGUGCGUUCCACAGGCAACACAAGACCUGUGCCCAGUGCGGCUACCCCGCAGCAAAGCUGCGUUCGUAUGAGUGGGGCCAAAAAGCCAAGCGCAGAAAGACCACCGGUACUGGGCGCAUGCGUACGCUCAAGGACGUAUCGAGGAGAUUCAAGAACGGAUUCAGAGAAAACACCGUCGCAAAGAAGCGUGUCAGGCCAACCGCGGAGGCAUGAGCGUGAGCGGAAACGCGAUACCGCGCUUGCAUGUUGUUUUACAUACUUGAGAAUUUUUAGCCUAUGCUGCUCGCAUCAUUUUCUACGCACGCACAGAAUACAUGAUUCAUGCCAUGCUUCCUUGCCGAUUCUGAGUGAAGCUUUGAACGUCAUCUGAUUAGUCUCUUCUUUCUGAUUAUACUACUCCGAUCAUGGAUGAGCCUUGUUACUUGGUGUUUCGACGCAUGUGUGUUUCUUGAUUGGCAUCUGCGAGUGUUUAGGACCAAGCAACUUGAAUCUCUAACUUCGCGGACAGGGUAUAUGCUGCUGCACUGGUUCCCUGAUGUUGACCGCCCUACCUUAGCCUACCCCACAUUAUUGAUUUGCUG